CCAUCAUCUCCUCCCCCCCUCUGCUAAACUUGUGGGCUUAUUGCUAUGGCUACCAGAGUUUCCUUCCUACUGCUUCUGUGUGCGCUACCGGCAUUGGUUGCCGCCAUCCGCCCGGAGAGGAACCCAUUCACGGUGCGGGGUCGCGUCUACUGUGACACUUGCCGUGCUGGUUUCGAGACCUCCGCCACCACUUACAUUGCUGGUGCUGAGGUAGUUGUGGAGUGCAAGGAGAGGAAUACAUUACAGGUUGUGUACAGGAAGAACGGAAGGACGGACUCAACAGGAACAUACAAAAUACUUGUAGACGAGGAUCAUGCAGAUCAGGUAUGUGAUGCCAAGGUUGUGAGCAGCCCUCAGAGUGACUGUAAUGAAGCCGCCCCUGGCCGUGAUCAAGCCCGAGUUAUUCUUACCCGAAACAAUGGCAUCGCCUCCGACGAUCGAGCCGUCAAUGCCGUGGGCUUCAUGAAGGUCGAGGCUGCGUCUGUCUGUGCUGAAGUUCUCAAGCAAUACGAGGAGUUCGACAACGAGAAUUGAUUCUGCAACCUCUUACAUUGGCCUACCUUUCUAUCUAGUUAUUUUAUUUUGCUGCUCUUUCUCAGCCUUUCCACUUUGUGCUUGCAUGUGAAAGGACCCUACUAAAUUAUGUUACUGUCAGACUUGGAGUUGGAAUAGAAACUAUUCUCUGUACUGCUUCUAUGAACUUCAGGCGUCUCUAUUUUAUUUUC